AUGACAGUCACAGAGAGGGGAAGAGAAAACAGGGACAGUGACACACACAGAGAGAAGGAAGAGCAGACAGAGGUCCAGGGGGAGACCCCCAAGCCCAGGAGGCCAGCCGGGAAUGUGGAGCCCAUGCCGGCCCCAGUGGAGGGAGCAGAUUUCCCCAGAGCCGGGAGGCAAGCCUGGGGCUCCCCCGCCCUGUCCCUGCCCGCAGUGACCCUGGCCGCCUCCCCGCCAUCUGUCCCGCUGCCAUCCCUCCAGGUGGGAGCCAUGUUCCUGAGCCCGGGCGAGGGGCCAGUGGCCGAGGGUGGGGGUCUGGGGCCGGGCGAGGAGGCCCCCAAGAAGAAACACCGGAGGAACCGCACGACCUUCACCACCUACCAGCUGCACCAGCUGGAGCGGGCGUUCGAGGCCUCCCACUACCCGGAUGUGUACAGCCGCGAGGAGCUGGCGGCCAAGGUGCACCUGCCUGAGGUGCGGGUACAGGUGUGGUUCCAGAACCGCCGGGCCAAGUGGCGGCGCCAGGAGCGGCUGGAGUCGGGCUCAGGCGCCGUGACAGCCCCGAGACUCCCCGAGGCCCCAGCGCUGCCGUUCGCCUGCCCCCCGGCCGUGCCGCUGCCCCUGGAGCCCUGGCUGGGCCCCGGACCGCCGGCUGUGCCCGGCCUGCCCCGCCUCCUGGGCCCGGGCCCGGGGCUGCAAGCGUCCUUCUCGCCCCACGCCUUUGGUCCCCCCUUCGCGGACGGCUUCGCCCUGGAGGAGGCGUCUCUGCGGCUGCUGGCGAAGGAGCACCCGCAGCCCCUGGACAGGGCCUGGCCGCCAGCCUGAGCCUGCGCCCUCCCAGGCCCCUCCUCAGCCCCACCCGAGAGCUGGGGACGUGCCCUGGUGACAGCCACCACGCCUUGGGCUAGGCCGAGGUCACGGAGCAACCAUGGUCAGACCUGCCAUCACUGGGGAACGGGACCAGAGGGACAGCCUGCUGGGUCUCCGGCCCCCGGCCCGGUCCCCAUCCCCCACCCACCACCCCCCACCCACCACCCCCCAUCCUGCUGGCAGCGGACGGGCCCUGAGUGUCAGGCAGGAGAUGUUCUGAGCAUUCCCAGGCCUGGGGCAGGGCCCUCCUCCCCUCCUCGGGCCUCAGUCUCCCCGUCUGUUAAGUGGGCAUAGGCGCGUCCGAGAUUCCCGGGCUGGGAGGCUGUGGGUGGCUGGGCUGAUGACUCUGUGACAUGAGUCUAAAUCUCUCUGCCUGCCCCUAAUCCCCGUCAGCAGAGACGCCUGCUCUCCAGGGCUCCCUGUCCCCAGGAGAUGACAAGUAACAGCAGCUCUGGCAAGCCUGGCCUCCACUCACCGU